UAUCUAUAGUAUUUGUCACUUUGUCAGUUGUCAAUAUUUACUWUUUAGAGGCGAGAGGCCACAAGUGUACAAAAUACAAAUGUAAACUAUUCUUUAAUCUAUGCUUGUAAGUUGAGAUCCUGAAAUCCUGAGUCGAGUUCCGAUAUACUGCAGGCUACUGUAUGUUUUAUGUAUGCUGCAUAAUGCAUUGCUCAACACGGACCAGUGAAUCAGAUGAUUAUUGACGAUAUUACCUCAUCAAUAUUAAUAAUAACGACUAAUUAACGUCAAUUUUAAUAUUUGAAUUUUCAAACGUAAGUACAUAACUACGACUUGAAUUAUUAGAAUAUUUUGUCCUGUGCUUGGGGUGUUGAAAAUCUUGGGACUUCCGCAUUGAUUGUGCCUGUUGAUAAUGGAUAAGACUAUGGAAAGGAAGUUUUUGAAAACCACUGUUUGCGGAAUAUUGAUGGAAAUUGGAUUUCAAGCAGCAGAACCAGGUGCUUUGGAGACCCUCGUCGAAAUGCUCUUUAGUGUGUUAUCCCAARUGGGAAAUAGUAGUCGUCGUUAUGCAGAAGUAGCUGGGCGUCUCGAGCCUCUUGGUGCCGAUGUUAUGAUGGGCUUAAUCGACAUGGGUCUAUUCAAGAAUGCAUCCAGCCUAUUAGCUUAUGCCAAACGAUCAAAUAGAGCUGUCCUCCCUAGUCCUGUUCCAUCUGUACAGCCCCGUCAAACAAGUAACCUACAAGCAGGGACAAGACUGCCACAUCCACCAUAUAUGCCAAGUCAUAUGCCAGCUUUUCCAGAUCCACAUGCAUACAUUAGGACCCCAACACACAAACAACCAGUAACUGAAUAUGAAGCGAUCAGAGAAAAAUCUGCUAUUCAAAAGCAUGAACUUGAAAAAUCUUUAAUAAAAUUUUUAAUAAAAACUGGCCCAACUGAGAGUUUAUUUUUGAACCAAGAAAAUGAUUGCUUUGCUUUGAUAGCUAAUAAGCCACAACAACCUGCAUACAUCUCAGCAUUGUUACCUCAAGAUCAAGUAUUUGACGAGGAUCCAGAUGAAAAUGAAAUACCACUACCUACUAAAAAAAUGAAGUUCAAAAAAGAUAUUCAGAUUAAAGAAGAAUUUGAUGAAAAUGAAGAACAAGAAAAUGAAAACGAAGAAGAAGAAGAUUUAAAUAAUGGUGAUGAAACUGAAUCAAAACCAGAAGAACCCAUUGACAACCCUUUCUUGAGACCUGUUAAGUAUCCAGCCGCCCCUUAAAACUGUUGAACUGGUCAUAUAACACAUUUUUAGAAAAUCAUCUUGACUAUUACUAUUAAAGUAUUUUUUUAAACCAAAUAUGUAAUCAGUCCCAGACCAUUGUACAUUUUGUUACAUAUUGUUAUUUUAAGUAAAAUAAUUUAUCUUAUGAAAAGUCAGUGUUUUAAAUUUAAACUCAAACCUUAAUA